UACUUCUUAAAACCAACAGUAGAAUUUAUUCUUGGGAAAAUUAAUGUCAAACAGAUUUUUAGGUAUACGGUAACUUACUGUUUCUCUGACUUCUUUUGACAGUGUGCCUAAAUUAAAGAUGAGUUACCCUCACACUGAAGGGGAAGAAAAGGUGCCAAAUGAUGAGCUGGAGUGCAAAAUUUGUUACCACAGAUUUAACAUUCAUAGUCGUAAACCCAAAAUACUGAAUUGUCUUCACAGAGUAUGUGCUAGAUGCCUGACUAAAAUACUUCACAUAGGAAAUGGCUGCCCUUGCAUUAGUUGUCCCUUUUGCCGCCAGGAGACAGAGUUGCAUGAAGAUGAAGUUGAAGGACUACCUAAUGAUACAAACGUUAUGUCCAAACUCAUGUUAAAAGACAAAACAAUAUGUAAUUCCGACUGUGAAGAAGUAGUUUUAACACCAAAGAACUUGGCUUCCUCAAGCCCCUCUCACGGAUCUUCAAACUGCUUAGUAAUAACAAUUAUGGAAGUACAGAGAGACUCUACUAGGACUCCAAGCCAAAACACUAUCUCAGAUUAUUAUGCAGACCAUAGCCUUGACUCAGUAUCCGUCAGUUCUCACAGUCAGCUAGACCAAGAUCUCUUCUCUAAGCUUUGUAAUCAUGUACCCAGAAUACUGGUAUGGCUGUUAGGAUUUUUCUACUUUGGCUCACUGCCUCUUGGAAUCUAUUUAUUAGUGAUUCAGAAAGUGACACUAGGAAUUGCGUGUGUCAGUUUUGUUCCCUCAAGUCUAACUGUAUGUCUUGUGUAUGGUUUCUGUCAAUGCCUCUGCCAGGGAAUGUGUGACUGCUCUUCAAGAAGCUGAGAGGAAUUGUGUUAUCAAACUGUACAUUUGAAUUAAACUUUGAAUGAUAACCCUACAGACUUCCAAUAUUAUGCACUAUUAAGGUGAUUGCAAUAUGAUUUUAAGUCUUUCAUGGUCCCAUUUCUUACCUAUAACUAGCACAAAGGCCUAUGUUUAAACAAACAAAAAAAGCACCACCACCAUUUGUGUAAACACUAGAAAAUUGGCAAGGUAAUAUUAAAUAGGUAAAUAUCACCUUUUCUUUGAACAAUGUAUAAUUUCAUAAACACCUCAUCGUGUCAAGAAUUCACAAAUGAAAGUGAUAAAAAUGAAAUUGUUUUCUACAUUAUGCUUGUAUUUUUUGAAAAAAGAAUGAAGAUCAGAAAUAUUUUGAGUACAACUUGCUAUAAAAACAUAUUUCAAGCAUCACCUUAGAUUACUUUUCCAAAUUCAGUUUGGUAUUUUAUUGGAAACUUAAAUGCUCGGAUGAUGAGAACCAAUACAGGAUCUAGAAUUAAAAGCAAAAUAAAAGUACAAUAAUUUUAAAUUAAGAACUCAUGUACUAUUAAAAUCUUGGAGAAAGCAAUUUAUAGUUAAACUAAAUCUCAAAGGGACAUUAAAAACAAAUUAAGUAUUUUCAAAAGACGUUUCCAGAAUCUUUUCAGAAACUACAGCUGAAUAGUGUAUGUCAGAGUACACCAGAGUAGAAAUGGCUUUAAGAACUGUCUUCAAAAUGUUCAAUAAAAACAUGCCUACAAUGUAUAUGGUACCUUAAAAUCAAGGCAUUAAUUACAGGCAAUUUAAAAAAAAUACAGAAAUAAGUUUAUUUUAUAUUAAUGUUAAUUCCAUAUGCAAAAAUGGUUGAUUCAUUUUUCUGAACAUUUUUAUUGAACCUACUUGAUAUUGUUACAUUACACUUUAUUUUUUAAAAGGUAAUUGAAUUUUGUAUAGUUCUAGUGUAAACCAGAAUCUAAAUUGCAAAAUGGUAUGCACGAGGGCUUUUAUAUAAAGAUUUGUACAAAAUAAUUAUCUAGUAAAUCUCCAAACUACCAAUGGGUUGGACUUCUGAAGAAAAAUGGAAUUUUGGUAGCAAAUUAAGAAGAAACCUGCAUAGCUUUAAAAUACAAAUCAAUGUAAUAAACAUUAUAUAUAAAAAACAAUGUUUUGAUGCUUUUUUUAAAUGGUAAUGCACUAUUUCAUUUUAAAGCAAUCUAUAGCUAUCCCAAAUGUUGUUUUAAUAUGUCCACAGAUUAAAUAUCAGCUCCUGAUAUAUUUUUCAUUGAGUCCUUAAAAAUCAAACAAUUUAACUUGUACUGUAUGCAACUCAAAAGGAAAUGUAAGAAAUUAUUUUUGUUUUCUCCAGAAGAGCAUACAAAAAGGUGGAACUGUGUGCCACUAAGCCAAAUCCACUCAUGCAC